UGGAGCUGCAGCAGAGGAGAAGGCAACAUGAGAAUAUAGCCAUCGCACAUCAUACCACAUCAUACACAUAGCUAGUAUACAUUACCAGAAACAUCAUCACCAUCAUCAUUACUACUUUUAUUAUUUUAUUCUCACUAUUCAAUAGAAAAGUUUAAAACUCCAGUUUUGUAAUUCAGAACACUGUUCCCAUGAUGUCAUACCUGUGGAUUCUCCUGCUGGGCAGUUUGGUGAUUGGAGCCAAGACACAAGAAGAUCCUGCUGCUGAGCCAGAAACAAAGGAAGCAGAGGCAGAAGCAGCAGAGCCCGAGGCAGAAGCAGAGGACGUAGCCGUAGAGGAGGCCCCAGCAGCUGAGGAGGCUCCGACAGAAGAAGUGGAGGAGGCUGCAGAAGAGGAGGAGGCUGCAGAGGAGGAGGCUGCAAGUUCUGAGGUGGCUCCGACUACAGACCAAGAGGCUGCAGCUGCAGAAGGGGAGGCUCCGGCUACAAAGGAUGGGGCUGCAACUGCAGAAGGAGAGGCUCCGACAGAGGACACAGAAGUAGUAGAAAAACCAGCAGUGGAAGUAGAGGUGGCCCCUGAAGCUGAGCCAGAACCAGCGGAGACGGCAGAACCAGAAGCAGAGGAACCUGCUGUAGAAGAGGAAGCUGCAGAGUCGGAAGCGGCGCCUGCACCAGAAGACGGAGGUGAACUAGAUCUGUCUGAAGCUGUUGAACCAGAAGCUGAGCCUGAAGCACAAGAGGAGAGCAAGCCCACAAAGGAGACACCCACGGGAGGGAAGAGCCGCCGAGGGGGCUCAGUUGGCACAGCGGAAGCUCAAGGGGCUAGCUCUGGCUCGGUUGUGAGCAUUCUGUGUGCUAUCGGCGUGGCGAUCGUUGGAGCUGCCACCGGAUACUUCGCCUAUCAGAAGAAGAAGCUCUGUUUCAAGAACAGUGGAGGGGACGUAGUGAGUGCCCCUAAGGAGAAAGCUGAGACCCAGUCAGAUCCCCAGGUUCUCAGCAACUUCUGACUAAUUCAUCCUAGAUCAUCUGAGAUUCCACUGGAAAAGAACCAGGACCAGCGCAGAGUUUCCCAUAACGACACACACACACACACACA